AUGUACCUAACUCUGGACCUCAUAUUGAAGACACUGGUCACUUCAGAUUUUGCUCAUUCAGAGAACAAGAACUGGGAUGCAAUUGCUCGACUGGUGCCAGGGAUAUCAGCCAUUCAGUGUGCCCGCAGGUAUGAGGAGCUUCUGGCAGGUGAUAGCAGCGUAGCUCUCCAACACCUGAGCUACAGCCUCAGCAACACAGCUGCGUCUGCUAGCACUAGUGGCAUCAGUCUAGCAGACUCUGAGUUUAGCAGUCAGUCUUCAAGUCAUUUACGGCCAAGCUCCAGUCGAAGCAAAGGAAGCAGAGAUGACAAAGGAAAAUCAGAGAACAAAAACGAACAGCCAAAGCUGGAUGUCGUUCACAAUGGGCCGGUGAUGGUUAUUCAUGUCUGCGACGAAGCUAAAAGCUUAAGGCAAGAUUUUCACUGUCCAAGAGACCUGCUUGUUGAAGAAAUGAAAUAUUUUGCUGAAUAUCUGUCAACUGACGCCCAUCGCUGGCAGGAGGUAGACAUUUCUGUUCACUGUAAUGUCCAGAUUUUUGACUGGCUAAUGAAGUAUGUCAAACGGGGAACCAAAGGCCACACAGAAAACCCAAAACUGGAAGCAAAUAAUGUCAUCUCCAUUCUGAUCUCCUCUGAUUUUCUCAAAAUGGACUCCUUGGUCUCUGAAUGCAUCAACUUCUGCCAUAAGAACAUGACAGCAAUCGUGGCCACACCUUGCAACAUGGGUUGUAUCAAUGACAGGCUCUUGACCAGAAUUGCUAAUCUGUUUAGCCACAAUGAGGCUGAUGAAAUAAUGGACAGAAAAGACAAGUUCAAGAGUAAACUUUUCUGUAAGAAGAUUGAGAAGUUGUUUGAGCCCGAUGCUGCCAGUGCUGACUCGCCAGGGAAAGCAUCAACAUUAUUUAGAUGUAGUAUCUGCAGCAGACACCUCACCCAAGAUCUCCAAACUAGAGUCAAAUGUAUGCCCAGUAGAAUGACCUUUGACCACAGUGGCUCGAUGAUCUACUGCCAUGUGCCAGAUCCAAGUUUUGAAAUUAACGAAUACGUCCUGGAACUGAAGAGCCAGCUGAAGACUUGGAGGGAUGUCUACUGGCGCCUCUGGGGCACCGUUAAUUACCUCACCUGUGAGAGAUGUGCAGAAUGUUUUCCACUGACUGAAUUUCGUCACUGCGGUUACCACCCAGAGCCGCCUCAGUACGAGCAGGAAUCCUGCACCACCAGUUCAAGUGUUGGCUUCCACCCAUGUUGCCAACAGAAAGUUGUCAGGUUUGACAUCACACUAACCAACAAGGGUUGUCAAAUCAAGGAUCAUCUGAUCAAACUGCCAAUUCCUGAGGAUGAGGACAAGUCCAUGAAGACACCAGUCCAGCAAAUGUAUGAUGAUCUGCUUGCCCACUUGGACAUUAUCUGUGUACCCUAUCAGUGUCCAGCUGAGGGGAGUCUAAUGCAGGUUGAUGUGUUUGCCAACGAAGCUCUGGCCUGCCACUCCAGCAUCCAUCUGGCAAGUCUGAGCACAGCUGGCAAUGAAGGCAAACAGGCAAACAAGCCACGACUGCAAGCACUGACAGUAGAGAAAGAAGUCUCCUACUAUGUAAGUGAUCUGGGCACGGAGAGUGACGAUGAAGUUGGAGAUGAGGAGUCCCAGAGCACCUCUGGAGCUUCUGGUGGCAAGAAACUCAGCAGAAAUCUCAAGAAGUCCAGAGUGACAGUUGAAUCCCAAGCAAUCCUGGUUGAUGCUCCAGAUUUUGAACAGACCAAAAAGUUCACCUGGGACACACAGCGAUCUAUGAGGUAUAACCAAGAUGCACAGAGACAAGAAGAUGCCCGGAGAAUGAAGGAGAUUCGCCUGUAUUUAACCAAGUUGAGGCUGACCGCAGAAAAAGUGGAGAAACCAAAGAAAGAGUUUGCAGGAGGGAUCUAUAGUAAACUAGAGAGCCAAUGGAAGGUUACCAACUCACAGUUUCAAGGGAAACCCCAGCCCCAGUCUCAGACAAGAUCUCGUGUUAAACCAGUGGGACUUGUCAAGCCAUCUGUCUCUUAG